UAUCCAAAAACUCAACUUAUACUUCAGUUUUCAGUUGAAAAUAUUGUUUUCUUUACCCAAAUCGAGAGAUUUCAGGUUUAAUAUUCGAAUUAACCGCUAAAAUUUGCUUGUGUAGAUUUACGCUAAACAAGGCUCCGGCGCAACAUUGGAGUGACGUCGGCAAAUUUCUUCAGCGAAAUUUUUUUUAAUGGAAAUAGAUGAAUUUUCUUGUCAACUUCUAAAAAAAAUGGCCCGCUACCUUCUCGGCGCCACAAUGUACGUGGAAGACGUGCUUCGAAGAGACGAUUGGAGUUUAGAAGAAACAGAAAAUGUGAAAAAAUACUUCAAAAAUGUGAAAAGCUUCAAAAUUCCGAAGAUUGAGAAACGAAAAGCCGAGGAAUUUGAUGAGCCAUGCAGAAAGAGAUCAAUUUGCAGUGCCGAGUCGAGAAGGAGAAGUUCGAAAAUGAUUUGCAGGCUGGCAUCCGAUUAAUGACACUAUUUGCAGGAUUUGAAGAAAUCGACGAAAAAGCGCUGGAAAGGCUCACAGAUUUGGCAAAACUUCGAAUAAUCACAUCAGCAAGACAGAUGGCGAUUGCUCAGCGGAGACGGAAAGAUGGCUUCGAAAUUCCUUUUAAAAGCCCCGUGGAAUGGACGUUGAAGCUACAAGGCGUUCAAAAAGUUCUCGACAUCAAAGAAUGGUAUGACGUCACGUAUUGGACGAGAUUUCGCGCAUUGAAGAUGCAAUUAAUCGACGAAAACGGAGACUUGAAGUCGCCGAAAAACCAGAACUAAUUCUAAUUUCAUGUGACAUAUUUAUUAACUUAUUUAUUGAUUUUCUUCUGUGAAUUUUGCAUAAAACUAGCCAAUUUCUC